UCCAAAUCCCGCAGUAAUUGUGCUUGCCUGCGGUCACUUUUUGGAGCCAGAUAAGCACUGACUUCGCGCUGACUGACGAUACUGGUUUCAUUUUUUAUUCGUUAGGGCUUUGUCGCAUUCUUCAGUCAUUUAUUUAAAAACAUAUUAACUUAAAUACUUUGGAUUGUUGACCUAUUCGUUUUUGGCUUCACAGCGCCGGCGCCGGACUGGCUUAUUCGUCAUUGCAUUUAUGUACGGUUAUCCAGCAGCUUUAUUUAUAUCCAACGGAAAUAGAUAACCUGCUGUAGAGAUAGGAAGAGAGUGAACGUUAUCCACAUCAGAAGAUAGAUUAGUCGAGGAUUACAUUCGAUCAGUAAUUAGGUCCGUCACCUAGUAAAGGUGGGUGGUCGCGGAUACGUCUGAUUUCCAACAAGUCAACCUUCAGCGUGUUAUUAUUUAGUUUAGGAUAUCUCUGCCUAUAGCGAGAAAAUUACUGUCCGUGUUCAUGCCAGAUCUGCAGCGCUUUAGUUUUCCUUACCAUAGCAUGAAUCCUUCGUUGGGGGCGAACUCGCUUCUCCAACAUCAACACCAUCAACAGCAGAACCAAGGAGGACAGAGCCAUCCGGAUUCGCCCUCAGGCCUUCUACCCGAAGCCGUUUUCGGCUCGCCGACAUCUUUAUUUUUGAGUGACCACCCUGGACUGUGUCCGGAGACCCUGUCAGGGUUUGACUUUAACACACCUUCACAAGCUUACCUACAUCUGAACCAUAACAACUCAUAUCGUCGGUCUGUGCCACAACCACCCGCAGCUAUGGCGCUAAGAAACGACCUGGGUUCCAAUAUCAGUGUUCUUAAGACUCUGAACUUAAGGUUCCGAUGCUUUCUUGCCAAGGUUCAUGAACUGGAGAGAAGGAAUAAGAUUUUGGAAAAGCAACUACAACAGGCGUUGGAUGUGAAGAAUAGCGGCAAUGGAGGAUGUUCUGAAAGUGCUCGAAUGGUCCAUACCCAAGAUGCAGGUGUGCAGACCGGGUUUGUGGGAACUAUCCCUCCUAGGCCCGGGACUCUACCAUUCCAAAACACCAAUAACUCUGCGAGACGACCCACUACCCUCUUCACGCCUCCCAUCAACACUGUUCUCACGCUUGAAGCCAACAACAAAGCUGCAGCGAACUACACUGAACAUCACAAUCCGACAAUCACGAUAAGUCUAUCGACCCCGACGAUUGACUCUCCUGCGGGUCCCACCAACGGGAAAACGGUUUUCAGCACGAGUACUGACACUGGAACCUCCAACAACCCUCCUCCACGGUUCCUCCCCGGCACCAUCUGGUCCUACAAUCAUGCCCGCAAACUUGGUUCUGGCUUUGAGACACGUGUGACCAGCCCUGGUGUUUCCUGGGUACACCCAGACGGGGUCGGGGUCCAGAUUGACACCAUCACUCCGGAGAUCAGAGCUUUGUACAACGUACUGGCCAAAGUCAAGAGGGAGAGAGAUGAGUACAAGCGCAGGUGGGAGGAGGAGUACACAGUGAGAGUGGACAUGCAGCAGAAGAUGGAAGACCUACAGGAGGAUCUCCAUGAAAGCGAGGGCUGCCAGGAUGAGUUGGCCGUAAGAGUGCAGCAGCUGAAGGCUGAACUGGUCCUCUUCAAAGGCCUGAUGAGCAAUAACCUGAGUGAUCUGGACAGUAAGAUCCAGGAGAAGGCCAUGAAGGUGGACAUGGACAUCUGCAGACGCAUCGACAUUACGGCUCGUUUGUGUGACGUAGCCCAACAGAGGAACUGCGAGGAUGUCAUUCAGAUGUACCAGGUGCCUAACACCCAAUCUGCCAUUAACUGUCGCCCCCGGAAACCGCCCCCUCUAUCAGUCAAUGGUAGUGAGGGUGAUGAGACCAUCAGCACGUCAGAGAGCGACGGGGCCCUUCCCAGAGAGGAGGAGCUCUGUGGCUCGUCGGCCAAUCAGAUCAACGAGGAGAUGCAGAGGAUGCUGAACCAGCUGCGUGAGUGUGAGUUUGAGGAUGACUGUGACAGCCUGGCCUGGGAGGAGACAGAGGAGACCCUACUGCUAUGGGAAGACUUCCCAGGGUGCACUCUGGCCCCAGAGACCAGUCACCAGCUAGGAGAGCAGGAGGACCAGUGUCUGGAGAAAGUGAUUAAUGACACGGAGGACUUGUUCAAGUCCAGAGAGAAAGAAUAUCAGGAGACUAUUGACCAGAUUGAGUAUGACUUGGCUACAGCGAAGAGCGAUAUGAAUCGUCACCUACAUGAGUACAUGGAGAUGUGUUCUAUGAAGAGAGGCCUGGACGUACAGAUGGAGACAUGCAGGAGGCUCAUUACCCAGAGUGGGGACAGUAAGGCUCCCUCCCCUGUGACUGGGGCCGGUGAGAAGAGCAGUGACCAAGCGGAGGUUAUGUCAGCAUCGCCAUCUCCUCCGUCUGAUUCUCCUCUCAAAUCCUGACCGGUCUGACCUGCCCAGAACAACACCCCUCCAUCACAUGACCACCAUUCCCUCCAACCACAGUGCUGCUCUACACGCCGUCAUAGCAACGUCAUGUCGACAGUGCAACCGCUAGGUUCUUCGGCUAUUUUUCACAAUAUCUUUAAUCAAUCAUUUCAAUGCGGUUAAUUAGCUGAUAUGUGUUUUAGUGGACUAAUAUUGGGUCCAUUUCCAACAGGUCUUUACUAACCUCCCGAAAUACACUGUGUAGCGGGAACAAAUGUGAGGUAAAAAUAAUGUACUACAUGUAUUAAAUCAGGUGUACCUCUUAAAAAAAAGAAUUAGCAAUAAUUCAGGUAACUUAUGAGUUGUAGGCUAUGGUGUACACUAGGCUUUGUCACUAGCAAGUAGUCUACCAUAGUAAUACCUGUACUAUAGCAGGAUCCAUUACCACACAGCCAUAAUUUAUACUCAUUGUACACACCCUAACACACGGAUACGUGCAUAUGAGGCCAGCACAAGAGUUCAAUGGGCUGACCUCUUACUACAGCAUGUAUGACUCAGGGCUGGGCUCUGUCAGUCUCACCCAGUAGGUUUAAACAUUCAAUACAAGCCUUCUUAGACAAAACAAAGCCCGGUUGGCAUGAGGGAAAAACCUUGAGAUAGAUAGAUCACCUAAUUGGCAACAAAACAGAAAUCUAAAAGAGUUAAGCAUUGUCUGUCUGUAUUGUGUAAUAGGUAUUGAAACAGAUAAAAUGCAUAUCGGAUCAUGUCAAACUCAUUUUCAGACAUCUGCACUUCAUUCAAACGUAUUGAUGAAAACCUGAAAAAUGUCAACAAGUAACCUGAACAACAUUUCAUUUAGACCAUGUAUUGAUGUUCUCUGUGUGAUUCUGCACUUAUUGUCACAUUUGAAACAAAAACCUGCCUGUUUCCCCCUGGACUUUGUUGACCCCAGAGAGGCAAUCAAUGUAACCCUGUGUCACUAUCAUCUUUCCGUUAUAUUUACCUCAGGUCUUAUUUGAACCAGUGGGUGCUUUCGUCACUUUAAGUAAUUCAACACUACAUGGUACCAAAGGCUUCAUUCUGGUGCUUGCUUCAAUAUAUCCCAACAAACAACAAAGUCUACGUAAAUAGCAGGUGAUUAGAAGAAGGUGAGAAAGCCUAACCAGGCAACGGGAGAGAGAGCGGGCAGAUAUUUAUUUUAAUGCUGCUGUAGCCUAGUCUGGUCCCAGUUCUGGAUGUAGUUUAGUGAAAUCCUUGUUGUCAUGCAUUUCAGUGCAAAUCCAGAUACUGUAGGUCAUCUCUACCACAAAUCCAUUUCACAUCCACUUGUGGUCUACUACUGUAUCCGGUACUUACAUGUUUGGUGUGGCAGCUCUGAUAAGAGAUCCAGGUGUGGGACCAAGCUAGCCAUAGGGUCUGUGUCAUUCCUAUGUGUGGCAGUGCUGUGACAAUACUGUAAAUACUCUGUUAAAGCUGAUCUGAGGUCAGUGUUGGGGCCUUUGUUCUCCUCUCUGUCACUGACAUUGGGAGAGGGAUGCAUUUCAACAAAGGGCGUUGAAACCCAAGUCUAAUACAUUUUGCUAUGUAUAUUACAUGUUUAGUUGUCAGCAGGAGAGAGUUGAGAAAGACCCUUCUAUUCUGCCCUACAGAAGGGAGAUCGGUAGGCUAGAUGUUAGCCAAUGAGAAAGUAGAUAUUAGAGUUCUGUUGAUAUUUUCUGUGUUCUGUUCGAAUGUGCUGUAGUCUGUGGUUGGUAAGUCCACAGUUAACUUGAGCUGCUAUAAAAGAUGGGUGGAUAGAGAUGGAUGACCGAGAGUCAAUAAUCCAACUAUGGAUAUUAAAACAGAUGAAUAGAUAUGUAAAUUCACAGUAAUUUACAGUUCGUAUAGAUGGAUGGACAAUUAGUUAAUUAAUGAAUACAUGAAUAGGAGGAUUUACCUGCUUAGGUUAUUUACGUUGUGCUACUUGAGUGCCAAAGCAACUAAAAACAAGCAGUCUGAGUUCACUUUGACAACAUUGCUUUGAUCAAUGUUGCAGAAGUUCUACAUACUGACGCUGAAAGCUAUCUCUCAUGGUGCUUGGUAUGAUCUGACCGUUUUUCAGCUUGUAAAAGAUGGCUGUUAUAAAGAAAGAGCCAAACAAAUAUUCACUGAUACAGCAAUAACAGGCGUCAUUAUAGUAUUUAAGGCAAAAGAAGAAUAUGAAUGAAAUGUAAUAAUUCAAACACUUCAGUUUAUUGCUGAAGACCUUUUCUCCACUUGUCACUUGAAGUAGGUCAAUCAUAACAGCGGUGGGGUUGAUAACGUCUGUUAAUUCAUCUUGUAUGUUAUUAUUCACUUGUUUUUGUUCCUUUUCCUUGACCUUAAAAUAUGGUUUACUUUCGAUAUAAAUCACUGUUACUUCAGAUGAACAAUAUGUAUACCCAUGCUAAAUAUAUGUCAGCUAUAUUGAUGAUCAUUUAAUGAUACACACGUUAUAAUCAUCCAAACGGAAUGGACUGCAUAUGUUUUCCUUUUAAUCUUUAUUUUUGAUUUUUGGUUGAUACGAGGAAGUGGUUGAAUCAGGUUGUAUUGUAUUGGGGCUUUUCAGACCUCCAAUAUUAUAGUAUUCUGUAAGAGUUUCUCAAAGCUUUAUUUUGAACAUUUCUUAAGGUGGUUAAGAUCAUAGGUUUUGACGCUGUGUUGAAAAAAGUACGCAUGAGUUUAGCUAAGGAUUGGGCACGCCAGGUCCAGGAUUGUGUGACCUAAGCUACAACUACAGCAGGUUUUCCUGCUCAGGUCAAGCAGUAAGGAAAAACUCCACGCCCUGAGAUUCCUGCUGUUUGACCAGAACGGGAGCGUACAAGGACGAAAAUAAAUGAGUGUGAGAAUAUGUACAAUUCUUUCUUUUGUUUCACACACGCACAGAGACAAAGUCUCUUGGGUAUGUAUGCAUGUGUCAGCGUGUAUUUUUAGAAGAGUGUUCUAAUGUCUGUGGUUUUUAAAAAGAGUUACUGGUUCGCUAACAACAUGAAGAAUGCAGCCGUGUCAACAUGCACGCUGUCCUCUGGUGUCUGUCUUCCAAUAGACUAAGUAUUCUCUACACAACUCACCUAAAGGCUAACUGAAUCACUGUAAACUAGAGUGGUAGGAGUCACCCAGGGAUGGCCUCUGCACACUGAUUUGAUUCUUAAUACUACUAGUGUCUGUAAAAUAAUCUUAAAUGACUGUUUGCAAAUCAGCCACUACAGGAAUUGCUCUAAUAUUGAUUAAAUGAUCAAUUUUCUUCAUGUGUGUGAUUACAAAGUAAAUUCUUCUUAAAAACUGCUGUGUAAAAAAACUACUGAAACGCUAUUGCUUUAAUAUGAUGGUAUAAUUGCUAUGAUACUGUAUGCAUUAAAGGAUAAAUCUAACACAGGCAAUGCUUGAGGAUUUGGAACACAGUUGAUAUAACAUUGAGUUGAGACCGAGACCUGAUACUGUAGGUCCGUUAAUAUGUAAACCAGGGGCCCAUUUCUCUGUAAGUCCAUAUCUUCUACCAAUAACAAAUUCCAGCCUGAGUACGAUGUCAUGCAGGAGAAUUGACUCGGUCGCCAGUGAGAAUACUCUUGGCAAUCACCGGUGCCUCAUUCACUAAGCAUCUGCACUAGUGCAACAUUUACUGCUGUUCUUUUCAAAAGGCGAUGAAUCAUAAAACAAAAUGUCAAAUGACUACAGGAAAGAGUAAAGUCCCGUUCCUAUUUCUAGCUUUAAUGUUGUUGUUUUUGCUAAUUUCCUCCUGAAAGAACAACUGUAAACCUUGUACCGCUUGGUUAAUUUGGCCCUGUUUUUUGUGAGUAAUAAAUUCUAUGAGAUUGGACUGGCCCCUUGCACAUGUCUGUAAUUUUAAGACAAGCCAGAUUUGCUAUAGCUGCAACGCUGUGCUCGGUUUACUGACACGAGAGAUGGAAUAAAGAUGCAGAUGUGCAAUA